UAUAACAAAUUAUUAUCGUACUAAAGUCUUAAGUCUAAAGUCAUAAUGAGUCUUAGGCGAAGUGUUGCCAAAUUGGCAAGUGAAGGUUUAUGGAAAUUUUCACCCAACUUAGGUCCAUACUUCAACGCUCAUCUCCCAUGGCAUCCACUUCUUCAUAACUCAACCAAUUUUUGUAAGAACUUGGGAUCAAGCAAUCAGAGCAAGAACUACCGGAAAUUUUUAGAAGACCCCGAGCUGCCGAAAUUGAUAAAGCUUUACCAGCAAGUGUGUCGGGGCUGUCAUAAGAAACCUACCGAUUAUACCAAGCUUAAAAAAACUGAGUUAGAUAACCCACCAAAGUCAUUCUGGAAAACAAACAUAGAAUUGAGCCGUAGUUCCAGUCAUCAUAGAAAACAUUCAAGAUUGGAUUUGAACAAUCCAGCCGAGAAAACCCGCCAAAAAGCCCAUUCUCCAGAAACUACCACAAAAACGAAAAAAACAGACAUGAGUCGUAGUUCCAGUCAUCAUAGAAAACAUUCAAGAUUGGAUUUGAACAAUCCAGCCGAGAAAAUCCGUCAAAAAGCCCAUACUCCAGAAACUACCACAAAAACGAAGAAACGCGUAAAACACCAACCCAAAAAUAAGAAAAAUAAUAGCAGCAAACAGAAAUCCUUAAAAAUAUCAAGGCCCAGAAUCACGAAACAUAAGCUCCCAAAAUCAUUCUUAUACAAACAAAAAUCGGACUCAGAGGAUCGUGUUUCACAAGAGCUAAAACUUGGGAAGAAGUAUCAAAUCGGAUUACGUUUUUUUGGAUCGGAUUUCAGUUUUAAAUUUAUCCGGAGACCUCGAGAGAAAUCUUUGCCUGAUCACGACACUGCGAAUGAAGAUGAUAACCAAAAAGGCAUUCCAGAUACACAUAAGCAGCUCAUUGAAAAACAAAGUUCAAUUUUUCGGUCUUUCAGCGGUGUACCAAUUGGCUUUCCAAUUACGGAGAGCGAAUACACACUAUCUUGGCUCCCAAGGGCGAAUCUAGUUAAUGUGAAUUCACAUAUCGUUGACAGUUACCACUUCGCUCCUAUCGACAUUAAUGAGUACAAAGAUGAUUUUCUUUCCCAGCAUUCCUUGGAACCUGAGGCUUUUGAAAGGCGCUGGCCCAAAGUUCCUUGGCCAACACCUCUUAAGCCCAAGCCAAGGAAAGCUGAGAAAGAUAAUCUCCAACGUGCAACAAAAAAGAUAGCCAAGAAAGUGUUUAAUGAUAAGAAUUUCAAAGCUGCAAAGCCAUAUAAAUACCAUUUGUUAAGGUUCCAAAUCUACAAGAGGAUUUGCAGGAAAUCAAGAAGAUCGAAGACCUCUCAAACUAACGAAAAACAUAAUGGUUGUGAGCUGUGUAAUUUUUGUCGACCGAUCAGACAGCCCGACGAACCAUUUAUAAUUGAAAUGAAAAAACGGGAGGAACGCGAAGAACUGAAGCGUUAUUACCUAAGGAUGCACAGAAAGAGCCAGGAAUCCUGCACCUCCAGGAUUUCCGUCCCUGAACAGUGCAUUCAGUCUUCGGAAAACAGGAAAAGUUGCAGUUCCACACUUGAGAGGAUGCGCCACCAAUUGGAGCAGUGCCAAACUCUGCUGAACCUUUGUGACCGUCUUGUGGAGGCUCGGUUGCUUUAUUCUAGGACAUUCCAGGACGCACAAAACACCUCGAAAACAUAACAAUUAAUUCAUAUGUGUACACACAUCUCAAGUUUUUUACCAUUUGACCAAGAUAUUUCUUUAAGUGACAUAUUUGUUGUCUAAAAUAUAAGAAAUAAAUACAUUUAAAAAACA